GUCACGUCAACUCGAGUGGCUCACCACGGCCUCCAUUUUGCAGUGUUUUGCAAGCUAGCUGCUCCCAUUCGUAGUGCAGCAUCAGUUAUAUAUAAUUAAAAAAAAAAGAUAGUGCAUUGUGGUUCGUUUUAAAGCUGAAGAGAUAUUUUCACGGACUAAAACGAUGGCUGACCCAUCCGCAGACGUGAAGGCUGAGGAGGCCGCAGAGGUCCGCAAACUGUCGGAGCUGAGAGUCAUCGACCUGAAGGCCGAGCUGAAGAAGCGGAACCUGGACACCACGGGCAUCAAGAGCGUGCUGUCCGAGCGCCUGAAGAAGGCAAUCGAGGAAGAGGGUGGAAAUCCUGAUGAGAUCACCGUGACUCCGGAGACCACCCCAAAGAAGACUAAUGUUACACCUAAACGGCCCUCCAAAGAUACAAGGCAAGACAAUGAUGAACCAGAGGACGGUACGAUCGAGGAGGAUUCUCCAUAUGGCCAGGAAGAGCCUCAGGACGAUCAUGAGAACAUGCAGGAAAUGGACAUCCUCGACAUGAACGUUCUGGAUGAGACGGAGAAUGACAACGGGAUACCAGCCGAGGAUGAAGAGGAUGAAGCUGUGGAUUUUCACUCUGACGAAGAUGCACUGUUGGAUGAAGAACAUGAAGAAGACGCACUGUUGAAUGAACAACAUGACAACAGGACCUUGGAGUCAGAAGAUGAAGCAAGAGGCCCUGAGAUGGAUAAGUCUGAGCUGUCAGAUAAGCCUGAACAUAUGGCAUGCUCAUCAAUCAAUAUGGCUCAGGAUCCAGACGCAGAUGACGUCCAAGAAGUAACAGAAAAUGACAAAGUAGCCGGCUCUUGUUUAUCUGAGCCACUUAACGAAGAUCACCACCAGAGCCUCGAGACGAGCCCUGAAGAAGAGCAAGCCGCCACCGCCGGAGGGGAAGACAAUGUGUCCGACACCGGUGCCAAGUCCGAGAACGCCGCCUCUGGAGACGUGGAGACCGCCAUGGAUGUUUUGGAAACUCCCACCAAAGAGGUUGGGGAUGCCCAGAAUGCCCCAGAAGAGACAUUUGACUCUGAAAACAAAAGCUCGCAGGCUGUUAGUGUAAGCGAACAAGGCGCCGUGGGUGAAACUGUUGAUUCAGAAAUGGGGUCUAAGAAGGGUGAGGAGGAUGAGAAGACAGAAGAGAAUGCCGCUGCGGACUCAGCCUCCACAGUGAAAGAGUCCUCUUCUGUAGAGGGCGAUGAUCAGAAAAAGAGCUCUGAGGAGAAAGAUGGCAAGACUGAGUCAAAAGAUGAAAAGGCUGCUGGAAGUGCUGUAGCAGGCACUAGCAAGAAUCUGUGGGUCAGUGGUCUGUCUUCCACUACUAGAGCGACUGAUCUGAAGACUCUCUUCAGCAAAUAUGGCAAGGUUGUUGGAGCUAAGGUGGUGACCAACGCCAAGAGCCCCGGGGCUCGCUGCUAUGGUUUCGUCACCAUGUCUUCCACAGAGGAGGCCACCAACUGUAUCAGCCACCUUCACAGGACUGAGCUGCAUGGCAGGAUGAUCUCUGUGGAGCGGGCUAAAAACGAGCCUGUUGGGAAGAAGCCAGCAGACAAGAAUGACCCCAAGAAGUCUGGCAGUGACAGGAGACAGUCCACUGACUCCAAAUCUGAUGGAAAGGAUGAGAAGUCUGAGGGAGAUGGAAAAGAUGGCAAAGGGCGAAAUGAGAGGACUGUAGUUAUGGACAAAUCCAAAGGAGAGCCUGUCAUCAGCGUCAAAACCAAAAGCAAGGAACGAAGCACAAAAAGUCGAGACCGCAAGUCACCCAGCAAGGAGAAGAAAGAAAUAUUAUCGUUUGACCAGAUCAAGGAGCAGAGAGAGAGGGAGAGACAGCGACAACGAGAGAGAGAAGUCAGAGAGGUGGAGAGACGCAGAUUCACCGACAGGGACAACCGUGACACCCGUGAUAACCGCCCGGACCGUGAGCGCGAGCGAAUCCGUCUGUUCCGAGAGAAAGAGGAGAGGAAACACCUGAUCCGGAAGAGAAACUGGCUGGAGGCUGAGAAGCAGCGCCUCGACGCGGACCGUAUGGAGCGUCAGUUCUUGGAGCGGGAAAGGCUACGCAUAGAGUACGAGAGGCGGCGCGAACAGGAAAGGAUCCUCAGGGAGCGUGAUGAGCUGCGGCGUCAGCAGGAGCAGCUGCGCUAUGAGCAGGACCGCCGCUCUGUUAAGAGGCCCUACGAUAUGGAUGGCAGGAAAGACGACUGGCCUGAAAAGCGCAUGGCCAUGGAUGACCGUUAUAGCCGCUCAGACUUCGGUCGUCAGGAACGUUACCAGGACUUUGACCACAGAGAUCGGGGCCGUUACCAAGACGACCUGAUGAUGGACAGGCGAGACAACACUCGUAGCGUCCCUGCAGAAAGAGACGGUCAGCACUUCUCAGACAGGUCCGACAGACAUGGCAGAGAAGGCCGAGAGUCCUGGAGUGGAGGCUAUGACAAACGCAUCAACCCCAGGGAAGGAGGUCGAGACUGGGACUCUAGUCGAAAAAUAGAUGGAGACAGAACAUGGCAAAAUCGGGACGGGGCCAUCCCAGGCCAGAGCCACAUCGCACGCGGAGGAAUGGCAAGCCGUGGAAGCUACAUUAACACAGGAACGUCUCAGUCCCUGUCCGGAGCUCUCAACAGGCAGAACCAGCUGAUGCAGGGCAGCGGGCUGCAGGGUGGAGCUUUCGGCCGCCGCUACUGAUGUCUGUGUGAAGAAAAUAGUGGGACUGUAUCAGGAGGUCUUAUCGGGAAGGAUGUGACCGUCUUGUUUUGUACAUUUUUUAAAACCAGGAAUUCUUUUUUGACACAAUUCCAAUCCAUUUUUUUGAUGGAGACGUUUAUUUUUUUUCUCGUCGUUUCUCCUUUUUUUUCGUUUUGUGUGUGUGAUGUAGUGAUCUCCUGCCUUGUAUUUAUCAUUCAGUCCAAACUACCUUGUUAGUAUAACACAACUGCUUGCCCAAGAAUGUGUUGAAUAUGCGGGUCUGCCUGUGUUGGAGGGUCACGUCAGAGCUCUGUGUUGUGAAUUAAGAUGUUUUCUAGACACCUGGGUCAAUGGACCUAACCUCGCCCGUCUCCUCUCUGUAUCCCAGUUUGUCUGAAGCAUUGUGGAUUUUUUCCUUUCUCGUUAAAUGAGCCUUUGUUGCAACUUAUUUCUUCAUAGCUUAAGACUCCUUUUUGACGUCAUUCUUUUUAAAACAGAUGUUUGGAGUUCUGAUGAGUGAAAUGUUUUUAAAAGUAAAUUCAUUCACGUUCUUAUUGUCCAUGCUCGUUAGUUUAUUUUUAUAUUUCAAUCAGUGCUUUUUUUUUCGAUUUAAUUUGUGUGAUUGUUGGAUAAUGGUAAUAAAUGCCCCAUGAGCAUCUAUGUGUUCACAAACUAUUGAUUAAGAUCUGUUAUAAAAUCUAAAUCUUAAAAUUUAAUGUAUUAUGUUUCAGUUUAUGUUUUCUGUAACGCAAAUGUUUAUGUCGGUUUUGUUUUUCAUAAAAGUGUUAUAUUUAGUUAAGUCUUUCUGUUUGGUUCAUUUAACGCCACGCUCUGGUCAGUGUCAAAGAAUAUUAGCUUCUGGUGUCUAGUGGAGCUCGGCUGUAAAAUUCACAGGGUGAAAUUGACUCCAUAAAUAAAAGAUUUUUCAUCUUUUUGCAGUGGUGCUACUGAAACAAA